UUGUGGAUGUCGAGCAGGGUGGUUGGUGGGGUUUAUUUUCUAAGCGAGGAGCUGGAGGCGCCUCUUGCCGUUUCCUUCUGGAACAAAAGGAGCGGGAGGAGGUUUGAAAGCAGCGGCAUCGGCAAAUACACCGAGAGAGCAGGCCCCUGAGCUGGUCCCGUGUUGAGGCUGCUGUGUGGCCGAUCGCCUCGGCCUCGGGCUUGCUGUGGGCCCUUACCCUGAGCCUGUGUGCGGGGCUGUCACCAUGGCCUUGGAGGGGGAUGUCCUGGAUACGCUGGAAGCCCUGGGAUACAAUGGACCCUUGUUAGAAGAAGAUGCUCUUUUGAAAGCAGUUGAGAUGGGGCCGUCCUCUUCAGAAUUUACUGAACUUUGUGUGUGGUUAUCAUCACAGAUUAAACUAUUGUGUAAUUUGGAAGAAUGUAUAAAUUCUACUACCAGUGCUGAUGAUACAGAAAGCUUUCUGCUGGAGAUUAAUGGCUUCUUGAAAGAGAUGUUGUGCCCUUUCUCAUCACUUCUCACUGGAGAUUUCAAAGAAAGACUAAGAAAGAAGGAAGACUGCUUAAAACUUCUUUUAUACUUAUCAUCUGAGCUUCAAACUGCUAGGAUCCUACACUUUAAAUCUCCUCCAGUGUCUAAAACUGAAAGCAAUGAAGAAGUUCGGCAAGAAAUUAGGUCUAUUUGUGCAACAUUGAGUGUGCCCUGCCCUGUAUCUGGUGCUGCCGAUGCACAUUUAUUUAAGAUUCUGGAGGAAAAGGUGAAAAAUAUCACUUCCAAGGUUCCCAAAAACCACAUGGGAGAGCCCUUGCUAAAGCUAACAUUAACCCCUGACCAAUGGGAAAAGCUCACGGCAAUAAAUGAUGCUCUCACAAAUGAAUAUGAAGUGCGCAGAAGAAUGUUAAUCAAACGUUUAGAUGUGACUAUCCAGUCAUUUGGGUGGUCAGACAAAGCCAAGGCAAAUACAGAUAAUAUGGCAAAAGUGUAUCAACCAAAAAGGCACACUUUGUCCCAGGGAUCUACUGUAACACUGGCACACCUCUUGGCAGCCCGUGCGGAUUUAUCCAGGAUUUUAAAGACCAGCAGUGGUUCCUUAAGAGAACGGACAUCCUGCGCCAUUAAUAAGGUCAUGAUGGGAAGAGUGCCUGAUCGAGGAGGUCGGCCAUCUGAGAUAGAAGCACCACCACCAGAGAUGCCACCGUGGCAGAAGAGACAAGAUGGAGGGCGAGGUGGGGGGCGUGGUGGAGGUGGUUGGGGUGGUGGCAGGGGUGGUGGAGGGAGAGGUGGCCAAGGUGGAGGCUGGGGUGGGGGUGGUCAGGGUGGAGGCUGGGGGGGUGGGGGUGGCCAGGGUGGAGGCUGGGGUGGGGGUGGAGGAGGCCAAGGUGGUGGUUGGGGUGGGGGUGGAGGAAGCCAAGGUGGUGGUUGGGGUGGAGGUGGUGGUCAUGGAAGUGGAGGUGGCUAUGGAGGAAGAGGUGGUUAUGGAGGAAGAGGUGGCUAUGGAGAUAUGGGAAACUAUGGAAGAGGAGGAUAUAAACGGUACUGAAUGGGUAUUGCAAUCUAUUUGUGAUGCUUGUAUAACGAAUGAACUCCUCUAGUUACAUUCAUUUGUCACAAUAGUAGAGUGUGAAUGUUGAACCUGCAACUGUAAAUUGAUUAUUUUAUCUAUUCAAUUGAGAAAGAAAUGCACCAUGAUGUCCUUUUUAAGGUAGAUAAUUGAAGACUUUUUUUAAGACUGCUCAUAGAUAUAAGACCUAAGAUAGAAACUGUUUACUACUGUAACAAAAAUCUUUUUUUUACAUGUUAAUUGUUGAAACUUGCUUUUUCUAUGAGAAUGUGAUUAUGAAAGUGUUUUACUUUGGAAAUGUUGGAGGGUUCUGAGGAGCUAUGACCAGUCAAUUUUUUUUAAAUGGAAAAGUUUUAGACAUGUAGUGAAUAAAAAAGACAUAAAGAAA